UUAUAGAAAAUGGAAAACGAGAAGAGGAAAGCGUAAAAUAGCCGGCGAUUGCCCUGACAUCUUCAUAUUCUCUUCCAGCUUCCAAGUUCUGAAAAUACUCUGUUUCUCCCUCCUAAUCGGAGUUGAUUUUCCGGCGAACACAGCUUUGAACUCCGGCGAAACUUUAUUGAAGAGCUGGUGGCGGCGGAGGCGGAGGCGAUUGGAUGGGAUAUGGCGGAGCCACCGUCGUUGCCGUUGAAGGAGAACAAGAUAGCCAAAGGAACUUUUGCGGUGGUUGGAAUCAUGUCUACUCUCGUCAUUUAUGGCAUCUUACAGGAAAAGAUCAUGAGAGUUCCCUAUGGACCGAACAAAGAAUUCUUUUCAUACUCAUUGUUUCUUGUCUUUUGCAAUCGGAUUACCACCUCUGCUGUCUCUGCCGGAGGUUUACUGGCAAGUAAGAAGGCCUUGGACCCAGUAGCUCCACUCUAUAAAUAUGGUGUUGUUUCUGUUUCUAACAUCCUUACAACUACUUGUCAGUAUGAGGCUCUCAAGUACGUUAGCUUUCCUGUUCAAACCCUGGCAAAAUGUGCCAAGAUGAUACCUGUGAUGAUCUGGGGUGCUAUCAUUAUGCAAAAGAAGUACCAAGGACAGGACUAUAUUUUGGCAUUCCUAGUAACCCUGGGUUGUUCAUUAUUUAUUCUGUAUCAGGCUGCAGGUGACAUCAGUCCCUUCAAUAGAGGAAGGGAAAGCACAGUCUGGGGAGUUUCUCUGAUGAUAGGCUAUCUUGGGUUUGAUGGCUUCACGAGUACUUUCCAGGAUAAACUUUUUAAAGGCUAUGAUAUGGAAAUACACAAUCAAAUAUUCUAUACAACAGUCUGUUCGUGUCUUCUUAGUUUCAUCGGUCUAAUUUUGCAAGGCAAUCUUCUCAUGGCAAUAGAUUUUGUAUCUCGCCAUCAUGAUUGUUUCUUUGAUAUUGCUCUGCUUUCAACUGUAGCAACUGCAAGUCAAUUUUUUAUUUCUUACACAAUCCGCACAUUUGGUGCUCUAACUUUUGCAACCAUAAUGACCACAAGACAGCUGGUGAGCAUUUUGCUGUCAUGCUUGUGGUUUGGCCAUCCUUUGAGCUGGGAGCAAUGCAUCGGAGCUGUUAUCGUCUUUGGAUCCCUUUAUGCAAGAAGCUUCUUGAAGACAAAACAGAAGGUGGUUCCAUCAUUGGAGAUGGCUGAAACUAAAGCCUCAGGUCCUUCAUAAGGAAAAAUUUAUCACAAAAUAACUUGUAACCUUCGGAAUAAGUGAAUUGAAAAAUAUCUCUCUGCAACUUUGAAGCUGCUCGGAUAAAUAUGUAACUAAACAAGGCGUGAAUGGGAUUUGUUAUUUUUGGAAUUUCAUACGGAAGGCUACUUGCUAGCUGCUGGUGCAUACAACGGCAUACGCAAUCAAGCAAGAUUUUGAAGAGCCUUCCUCAAAUCUUUGCAUCAUUGCAUGUCAAAUUACAGCCUCACUAGGCAAUAGAAGUUCUAUGAUCUUUUAUUCAAUUAAUCGUGGACUUCUUUUUCCCUGUUUUUGGGUACUUCAAAAGGAUGUAAUAUAGACAGUGCGCAGUUCUAUUUUCAGGUUUUUGGAACUAUACAAGUAGACAUCAGAAAUGUAAGAGUUAUCUUGUGGCUCUAACCUUUUUCAGCUCUAAUACAAUAUCAGGUGGUGGGGUUUACUGGAA